CCCCACCCAAGAUUCCAGAUGGCUGUAUCCCUGCCUGCAAAGGGCAGAGGGGCCAAAGCUCACCUUGGGUCUGACCAGUGCCUGCUGCCCAGCUCAGUGGCAUGACUCCAUGACCCUCAGCUGAGGCACAAAUGCAGCCAUGGUGGCCUUUGUGGCCAGCACUGAGCAGGGCCUAUCAGCUAUCUGCACAGCCUGUGGAGGUGGAACUCUGAGGACCAAUCACAGCCCACUUCCUGCUCUCUCCACCAAUCAGGAACAGGAGGGAAGGGGGUCUUAGGUUACCCCAAGCCUGGAGUGUGGCCCCAAGGGCAACCUCAGGGGACUGUGUGUUGAAAGGACAUGAGGGCAGCCCAGGGUGAGUUGCUGAGGGUCCAGGGCCAGCCUACCCUGUCUCCAGUGCUCUCCUGCCUUCUCUCAGCCCCUUGGAAUGCUGAUCAGGAACCAAGGUCCAGCCACAGAAUUCUUGCAGCCUCCAGACCAUGGCUGCUGGCCCAGUGGAACCCAGAGUCUGAACUCGGUCCCCUCCCCCAGUGUCCCCCAGGUUCACUCCUAAGGCCUGGCCCAGUUUCCUAGGGGAUAGGCUGGUUGGUCCAAGUGAAGAUGGGGGAAGGUGAGAGGGCACGGCCUUGGCUGGGCCACACUGGGGUAAAUCUCCAGUUGGCCCCUGACUCCAUUCUCAUCUUGGUCACUUCUCAGCUCCUCCAACCCCUCAGGGCCAUGGGACCCAAACACUGAGCUCUCUCCUCUUCUGACACCCAGUCUGUCAGAGUUAUUGAGCCGUCUGUCUCUACUCCCCAUGUGGGUCUCCUGCUCCCCUAUCCUGGGGACACUGGGCGGCACUGGGCCUUGCCCCAAGCUCCGCCUGCCACCUCACCCACUCCCUCUGGCUCCCUGGGGCAGAACUGUGCCCAGCCGGGUGGGGCGGGCCCAGGCUGCUCUAGCUCCUUCAGCCCUCUUUGUCCCUUUCAGGGAGCCAGCAGGCUGCACUAAAGAGGGUGCUGUCUCAGCCUUGGGUUCCCUACCCAGACUCCCUGCUCCUGACCCCGAACCCCCAAGCCUGGACCCUCUCCCCAAGCACAAUCAUGGCCUUGAGAGAAAAUGAUCAAAGCCAGUCUUCAAAGAAUGGCCUGAAGGAGAAGGUGCUGACGCUGGACACCAUGAACCCGUGUGUGCGGAAGGUGGAGUAUGCGGUGCGGGGCUCCAUAGUGCUGCGGGCUUUGGAGUUGGAGCAGGAGUUGCGCCAGGGUGUGGAGAAGCCCUUCACCGAGGUCAUUCGUGCCAACAUUGGGGAUGCCCAGGCCAUGGGGCAGAGGCCCAUCACUUUCUUUCGCCAGGUUCUGGCCCUCUGCGUCCACCCGGAUCUCCUGAGCAGCCCUGACUUCCCAGAUGAUGCCAAGAGAAGGGCCGAGCGCAUCUUGCAGGCAUGUGGGGGCCACAGCCUGGGGGCCUAUAGCAUCAGCUCUGGCGUCCAGCUGAUCCGAGAGGACGUGGCGCAGUAUAUUCAGAGGCGCGACGGAGGCAUCCCCGCAGACACCAACAACAUCUUUCUGUCCACGGGGGCCAGCGAUGCCAUUGUGACGGUACUGAAGCUACUGGUGGCCGGUGAGGGCCGCACGCGCACGGGCGUGCUCAUCCCCAUCCCCCAGUACCCGCUGUACUCGGCGGCUCUGGCCGAGCUGGACGCUGUGCAGGUGGACUACUACCUGGACGAGGAGCGCGCCUGGGCGCUCGACGUGGCGGAGCUGCGGCGCGCGCUACGCCAGGCGCGUGACCACUGCCGUCCACGCGCGCUAUGCGUCAUUAACCCCGGCAACCCAACCGGGCAGGUGCAGACCCGUGAGUGCAUCGAGGCCGUUAUCCGCUUUGCCUUCGAAGAGCGGCUCUUCCUGAUGGCUGACGAGGUGUAUCAGGACAACGUGUACGCCGAGGACUCGAGGUUCCACUCUUUCAAGAAGGUGCUCAUGGAGAUGGGGCCACCAUACGCAGCACAGCAGGAGCUCGCCUCCUUCCACUCGGCCUCAAAGGGCUACAUGGGCGAGUGCGGGUUUCGCGGCGGCUACGUGGAGGUGGUGAACAUGGAUGCUGAGGUGCAGCAGCAGAUGCUGAAGCUGAUGAGCGUCCGGCUGUGCCCGCCUGUGCCUGGCCAAGCCCUGCUGGAUAUGGUAGUUAGCCCGCCCGCUCCCUCCGACCCUUCCUUCGUGCAGUUCCAGGCGGAGAAGCAGGAGGUGCUCGCCCAGCUGGCAGCCAAGGCCAAGCUCACCGAGCAGAUGUUCAACCAGAUUCCUGGCAUCCGCUGCAACCCAGUGCAGGGCGCCAUGUAUUCCUUCCCUCGAGUGCAGCUGCCCCCACGUGCAGUGCAGUGCGCUAAGGAGCUUGGCCUGGCCCCAGACAUGUUCUUCUGCCUGCGCCUGCUAGAGGAGACCGGCAUCUGCGUGGUGCCUGGGAGUGGCUUCGGGCAGCGGGAGGGCACCUAUCACUUCCGGAUGACCAUUCUGCCUCCCAUGGAGAAGCUGCGGCUGCUGUUGGAGAAGCUGAGCCAUUUCCACACCAAGUUCACCCAGGAGUACUCCUGAGGAACCUGCUGGGGCCAUGCUGGGCUGCCCUGGACUGACUGCCCCAGUCUCCGGGGGUCUCUGAAGCCCUCAGGAGGAUUUAAUGCUGUCUGCGGAUUGGAAACCGGCCUCUGCAGGUCCCUAAUAAAGCUGGGUGCUGGUCUGAUGUCUUGCACAGCUGCAGAGAUGACUGCAGCCUUUACCCUACCUGACUGCCUUCCAGUAGGCUUGGGGAUUCCAUCCCAGGGACUCUCAGCCCAC